GAUAUUGCUGUAAGAAUGGCAUUUCCGUAAUUCGAUUCAGUCAGAAGAGAAAUUCGGAUGGAAGUUCGUCCCAUAUAAAAUGGCCUCUCCCUCUCUCCUCCUCUCCCUCUCUACGCUCCUCAUUUCCCCCACGACUCUAUCAGUGGCUCUGUCGACCCCAUUUGCAUUCUUUCCCAACGAAGGCCGCCGGCGGAGACUUCCUCCGUCGUCCCUUUUACUCUUUCUCUCUCCUUCUCCCCCCGCCUUCUACUUUCCUUUUCUCUCGCUGCGUUAUUGCUGUCCCUCUCCCUGUUUGAUCAGAUCAGUUGUUGAGAGAGAGGGGUAGGGAAACAUGGCCUUCGAGAAGAUCAAGGUCGCCAACCCCAUCGUGGAGAUGGAUGGAGAUGAAAUGACUCGAGUUAUCUGGGAAUUAAUAAAGGACAAGCUCAUUUUUCCUUUUUUGGACUUGGAUAUAAAGUAUUUUGACCUUGGCCUUCCUCAUCGCGACGCUACUGAUGAUAAAGUUACUAUUGAAAGUGCAGAAGCAACCCUUAAGUACAAUGUAGCAAUCAAGUGUGCAACAAUUACUCCUGAUGAAGCUCGUAUGACGGAGUUUGAGUUGAAGCACAUGUGGAAGAGUCCAAAUGGGACAAUUAGGAACAUUUUGAAUGGCACAGUCUUCAGAGAGCCAAUUAUUUGCAAAAACGUUCCUCGCCUUGUCCCAAGUUGGACAAAGCCAAUAUGCAUUGGCAGGCAUGCAUUUGGUGAUCAAUAUCGAGCAACUGAUACAGUCAUCAAAGGAGGAGGGAAACUCAAGCUGGUUUUUGUACCGGAAGGACAAGGUGAAAAGACUGAGUUGGAGGUUUUCAACUUUACUGGUUCUGGAGGAGUAGCUUUAUCCAUGUAUAACACUGAUGAGUCUAUAUAUUCUUUUGCUGAGGCUUCAAUGAACACUGCUUACGAGAAAAAGUGGCCACUCUAUCUUAGCACGAAGAACACUAUUCUUAAGAAAUAUGAUGGAAGAUUUAAGGACAUAUUCCAAGAUGUUUACGAGGCCAGAUGGAAGUCAAAGUUUGAGGCUGCUGGGAUAUGGUAUGAGCAUCGACUCAUUGAUGACAUGGUUGCUUAUGCUAUGAAGAGUGAAGGAGGCUAUGUGUGGGCAUGCAAGAACUAUGAUGGUGAUGUGCAGAGUGAUUUCUUAGCUCAAGGCUUCGGAUCGCUUGGGUUGAUGACUUCUGUUUUGGUAUGCCCUGAUGGGAAGACCAUAGAAGCUGAAGCAGCCCAUGGCACAGUUACACGUCAUUACAGGGUUCAUCAAAAGGGUGGUGAAACCAGCACAAACAGCAUUGCCUCAAUUUUUGCUUGGACACGAGGCCUUGCACACAGGGCAAAAUUGGAUGACAAUGCUAGACUCUUGGAUUUCACAGAGAAACUGGAAUCAGCUUGUAUUGGAGUCGUGGAAUCUGGCAAGAUGACUAAGGAUCUUGCUCUUAUCAUCCAUGGGCCUAAGCUUUCAAGGAACCACUAUCUGAACACUGAAGAGUUCAUUGAUGCUGUGGCGGAGGAGCUGAGAGCAACAAUUUCUGUUUAAGCCUAAUUGCGCAGAUAAACGAGUUGAAGACUGAGAAGCUCUCAUUGGUUCUUGUGAUGCCUCUGGGAAGAAAUAAAGAAGUGAAGAAAAAGGUUGGGUUAUUCCCUUCAUUGGUUUAGAUGGGAAGAAAUAGGUGGUGUUGUGUUUCUUUUUCAAGAUUAUUUCUUGCGGAUAGCUAGCUUCCUUUUGUUUGAACCAUGUUAUAUCAUUUUUAGUACCGUCUCUCGUGUGGAUCUUUGAAAAUGCGACGCAUUUUCUAAUAACUUUAUUCUUCACCAUCACCCCCAUACAACAAAUAGGAUUUUUCAUCCUUUUCAA